AUGGACUAUAAAAUUGAUAAUGAUAGCGGAUAUGAUUAGCCAUAAGAUUUAUAUGGACCUUCAGAUAAUAGUUAAAUAUAAUAUUCUAAUAAAUAAGUCGAUAUUGAAUAUUAAAAAUAAAAUUCAACAAACGAAACUAAUGAUAUAAUUAGGUUUUAAAUGCAAAAAUAAUAACUUGGAAUAUGUGGAUUUUUACAAUUAGAAUACUAUUAGCCAUAUUUUAACAUAACAAGUAAUGAAAUAAAAUAAAGGGUAAAAAGCUGCUUUUUACCAAUAAAGCCAGAUUUUUUAAAUAUUAUCAAAUAAAAACCUGAUUUAUGGGGACCCUUUUGGAUAUUAACUACAUUGAUAUUUAUGCUUUAUUCAUGUGGAAAUUUAUCAUAAUAUAUUUCUGAAAAAAAUAAUUACAAAGUAAAUUUUAGUUAUUUACCAGUUGCAGCUGCUAUUGUUUAUAGCUUUGGAAUAGGAUUUCCUAUAGUUCUUUGUAUUUUGAUAAAGUUUUUUGGAGGUGAUGUUUCAGUAUUUGAAAUAAUAUGUCUUUAUGGUUAUUCCAUGGGAUGUUUUAUAAUUGUUGCUGUUUUUAAUAUGAUACCAUUAUAUUGGAUGAAAGUUUUAUCUCUUGUUUAUGGGCUUUUAAAUUCAUCUAUAUUUAUUGUAAUGAAUAUUUUAGGUUAAAUAUAAGAUAUUGGAAAUAAUAAAAAAUAUAUUAUUUUAGGAUUAAUUGGUUGUUGUUAACUUGGUUUGAUGUUAACAUUCUUAUUAUAUUUUUUUAAGUAAAGUUGA